GGAGUUUCGCUGUGCUCGGGUGUACUCACUUGUCAGCUUUUUCUUGAGGAUGAGUUUUUUAUUGCUGAUGGAGCCACCGUGUCCAUGAUCGUGACCGAAACCGUAAGACAGGAAGUAGUUUACGAAGUAAAUUGUAUGAGCGCAACUGCUCCUACGUGUACGUACAAGCUUAUGGUUAUGACGACUAGUUGAGCUAAGUGGAAAAAUCUUAUUGUCUUCAGAGUGGAAAGAAAAAGAUGCGUCUAUCCGUGUGCAGUUCGUCGUCUCUUGUGACGACUCGUGCACACCAGCAGCUCGAGAUCAUCGGCAAAGCGAGAUGCUCGUGCAUGUUUCUCAACGCGAGAACAUCACGCGCAAAUGUAAAUGACGCGUUCAUCCGACAUCAGCCCCGCACUGGUCCUGGUUACAACAUCAUUGCUUCUGCAAAAAGACACUUCUAUUUGCAUACCACACAGCGAGGAAACCACUCGAACCAGGAACUACAGCCGAAGAGGGGACUCGCGCUGUGUCACAGCCCGUCUUCGCCCGGCUGCCGUGGCAGUGAUGUAGUUGGAAAAAUAACUUCUACGUCGUCCUCCGCUUGUAGUGGGAAGAGUUACUCGUCAACGUCGGCGGGCAGCUCGUCCGCAGCUACGACUUCGAGCUCCAGUAUGGAAGCGUCAGGUUUGAAAUCGCCAAAGUUGAAAUAAUUUCUCAUGCAUAAACUGCAAGGCAUGAAGUGCCUCUCUUGCAGGGACGACAAUUGAGGCCGACUGUCAUCCUGUUUGGGGUCUGCGGUGGAGCUGCUAAAGUUAAAGUAGCAUGACAAAAGACGCCUUCUGUCCCUAAACAGAAUGACAAACUGGAUUUAGACGUCGCCGAGAUUUGUCAUGCACCGCUUGAAAAUUGGGCUUCCAACUGGCACCAUUUCAUGCAUUACAAACUAUUUCAACUUUAUCGAUUUCAAACCUGACGCUUCCAUAUCCAGUUCGUCCGUGCCAUCUUCGGUCCCAUCUCCAUCUUCCCCACCUGCGAUCUCCCGCGAUGCGACCAAAGCGCGUAUCCCCCUGGAGUUCGUCCAGGAUCUUGGUGGCGCCAGGAGGGCUGAAGCAGUGCAGCAUGAAGAAGGCUCUAUUUCUGGUGGUAGUGAAGCCGCACAGGCAGGACGACCUGCAGUUGCACCCCACACAGACAGCACGAUCGUCGCACAAGACUGUGUACAACAACAAGAGCAGCACGACCUUCCCAGCCUUCCCUGCCGCCUGGUCGCCCUGCCCGAAUGUCGCACUGGCGUGGCCGCCUGGCUGUUCGGGACUGCGGGAAUGUUGAUGGGGAUGAUUCUGAUCGGCGGGUUAUCCAGGAAAAAACACCCAUCCCAAUCCAUUUUUUGCAUGAGAAACAGACUGCAGCUUCUGCAUGUUUCGCAUGACAAAUUAGAUGGGGAUGGGUGUUUUUUCCUGGAUACAGGUACACGAGACUCUCCGGCAGCGGGUUAUCUAUGACCAAAUGGAAGUUUCAGGGCACGUUGCUCCCCUCCACCGAGGAACUCUGGAACGCAGAGUUAUGCAUUGCAAAUAUGUCUGGGUCUGGAAGGAUGCAAGGUUUGUCAUGCUUGUCUGGCAUGACUGCAGAGUUUGUGAUGCGUGUCGAAGUAGAGACCUUUUUGCUUGUCAAGCAAAACGCAGCCUGUCAUGCGGAAAGCGCAAGACUAAGCAGCGCAAACAUUUUUCAUGUUUGGCUGUGCAUUACAGAGAAUUUACUCUUCACGGCUCAGCAUUACAAGUUUCCAGAGGACCCAGAUGACAUGUUUGCAGUUGAUAAGAGUUCACCGAGUACAAGAAAACCCCGGAGUACCAGAAGUUGCACGCAGGGACGAUGGAUCUCCCGGGGUUCAAGCGCAUCUACUUCGUGGAGUGGUUCCACCGCAUGUGGGGCCGCGGGACGGGCAUCGUGUUCGCCCUGCCGUUGGUCUACUUCGUCGCGGUCAGGAGGGCGUUGACAAAAACUAUGCAUUGCGAAUAUGUCUGGGUCUGGAACGCUGGAACUUGUCAUGCUAAUUCUGGACAGUGCAAAAAUCUGUGUUGCGUGAUUACCAAAAACUGCCCACUUUUAACCAAGUUGACGAGAGGCAGUUUCUCAUGCAGACGAUGCCUGAUAGAGGUCCUCGCACAGAAUCUGUCAUGCUAGAUCAUACGUGACAGACCUCAUUUGUCAUGCAAAACCUGCAUGACAUUCCAGACCCCGACAUAUUUGCAUUUGAUAAAAGCCAUGUUUUACCAACUAUCCGGCUUGUUCACCCUCGGCGCGUCCCAGGCGCUGAUUGGCUGGUGGAUGGUGCGGUCGGGAUUUGUGGACCCAAAGGAACACAUGCCGCACUCGGACAACAAAGUGCCGCGCGUGUAGGACACUUUUUGUUUUGGAAUUUCAGAUACGCUUUUAUUGAGACCUUCGAAUCAUUCCUUGGAGUCAGUGAUCAAUAGAAACUCGAUCUUCAUCAUGACAUGUUGUAUUCACCUUUCUCAUGCGACGGCAUAGAUUUUUACGAAAACGAAACUACAGCUCCGCCUACCGGUUGGCUACGCACCUAGCCGCCGCACUCACGAUUUACGGUGGCGUCCUCUGGACGGCGCUGCGAGUGAUGGACCCCCGCAGCUCUUCCCUCCCGACCGCACCACGCCCGAUGAAAGGCGCGCAGCUUUACUUCGCCAGCAAACCGUCUACGUCAACCUCAACGAUACUCGCAAACUCCGCGGCUAGAAGGUUCCGUGCGCUCACCAUCGCGCAGGCUGUCCUCGUUGCGACGACUGUGAUAUCCGGCGCCUUUGUUGCCGGGAACGACGCCGGUUUGGAGUACAACACGUGGCCAAAGAUGCUCGACCACUGGGUUCCGCCGGAAGUGACAGACGGCUACAAAACCGCUCUGCAAACUUUUUCCCCAUCGGUUUUGUUGGAGCAGUCCGCCUGCGUGCAGUUCAACCACAGGUUGCUAGCAUACACUUCCGCGGCCGGGGCGUUCGCGCUCGCAUGGAAGGGCCGGUCGGUGUUAGCAGCGAAAACCGCAGGAGGAGCUGCGACAGUUGUUGGCAUCAGAUUGAAUACAGCACGGUUUUGGGCAGUAUACGCCUUACCAGCGGCGGUCACCGGACAGAUCUUGCUUGGAAUCACGACCCUGCUAAAUUGUGUGCCGAUUGAGCUAGGCGUGGCGCACCAGGCGGGCGGGGUCACGGUGCUCUCCGUGCUGUUGACGCUAUUGUCGAAACUGUGA